AUGGCCUCUGCUGAUGAGACUGAGAGGAGUGUGGCAAAAAAACUUAGGCAUGUGGGGAGGAAGCUCCUCAAGGGCUCUUCCCUUCACAAGCUUCUGCAGUUGCUUCAUGUCACGCUUCACCAAAGAACAAUGUCCCAGGACUUCCCUUCGAACCCCUAUGAAAUCCUUGCAACGAAUAGUGACUGCAACACUCCUCCAGUUCAGAUACCAGAGCCAUAG